AGAGCGCACACACUUCCUGAUGGAGAAUAAAAAUACACUCCUAGCAAGCCAGCUAGACGAGUUGUGAAAAAGUUAUGUCUGGCUCUCAAGUGGAUGUGGAAAGAUGAUUUUUAAAAGAUGAAUGUUCCUCCUAGUCCUCCCGUUCAUGAAUAGAAGGAAACAUCAGCCGGAGCCGGCGACAAGUCAACUGCGAACGGUUGGAUUGUUACAGCUAAUAGCUAGUAGCUAGCGUUAGCAUCAGGCCAGCAGGCUAACUAACUUACUAGCUGACGUUAGCUAGUAAUGUCUCUGUCGUUAUCAUCCGCUGAAACUCUGGAAACACCGCCUGGGUAUCCGUUUGAAGAAAUCAACUAUGAGGAUAUUGAAGUCGAGGAGGUGGUGGGCAGAGGAGCCUUCGGGGUUGUCUGCAAAGCCAAGUGGAAAGGCAAAGAUGUUGCAAUCAAGACCAUUGAGAGUGAAUCGGAGAGGAAAGCCUUCAUAGUAGAGCUCCGGCAGCUCUCACGUGUGAAUCACCCAAACAUUGUGAAGCUGUAUGGCUCCUGUCAUAAUCCGGUCUGCCUUGUGAUGGAGUAUGCUGAAGGGGGGUCGCUGUACAAUGUGCUGCAUGGUGCUGAACCCCUCCCCUAUUACACUGCCUCCCAUGCCAUGAGCUGGUGUUUUCAGUGUUCCCAGGGCGUGGCCUAUCUCCAUGGCAUGAAACCAAAGGCUCUCAUUCACAGGGACCUCAAGCCACCCAAUCUGCUUCUGGUGGCAGGCGGCACUGUGCUGAAGAUAUGCGACUUUGGAACAGCAUGCGACAUUCAGACCCACAUGACCAACAACAAAGGAAGUGCAGCAUGGAUGGCCCCGGAGGUAUUCGAAGGCAGCAAUUACAGCGAGAAGUGUGAUGUGUUCAGCUGGGGGAUCAUUCUCUGGGAGGUGAUCACACGCAGGAAGCCCUUUGAUGAAAUUGGAGGACCGGCUUUCCGCAUCAUGUGGGCUGUGCACAACGGGACAAGACCUCCUCUAAUCAAAAACUUGCCCAAGCCCAUUGAGAGUCUGAUGACUCGCUGCUGGUCCAAAGACCCCUCUCAGAGGCCUUCCAUGGAGGAGAUAGUGAAGAUCAUGACUCAUCUAAUGAAGUACUUCCUUGGAUCUGAAGAACCCCUGCAGUAUCCAUACCAGUAUUCAGAUGAUGGACAGAGCAACUCUGCGACUAGCACAGGUUCAUACGUGGACUACACCAGCACGAGCAACAAAAGCGAAGUGAACAUGGAGCACAGUGAUUCUCAAGGAAGCAACGACACUAUCAAGAUAACGCCUCAGUUUGCUCCUUACUUCAAACCAAAGGGAGACCCGCUGAGGACUCUGCCUCUGUCCAGGGGGGGCAGCGUGGAGAGUCUGCCUGCACGAACUCAGUGCCUGGUAUCUUCUGACAGCAAAAGAAUGAGCGCUGACCUGUCAGAGCUGGAGCCUAAGAUGCCCUUUGCACCUUCAGCACAUCCGCAGUUUAAACGAGGCCACCGUAAAACGGCGUCGUACGGCACCAUUCUGGAUGUCCCCAAGAUCGUCGUCACAGCAACAUGUGAGCCUCAGAGACGCCGGUCUGUGCAGGAUCUACCUGGCAUCGGGACAGAGUCCAGCCAGGGAAGCAGGAACAGUAGCCGGUCCUCCAGUCCCAGUGUGAGGAUGAUGACGUCUGACAAGACAGGCGGCAGGGGUUACUUCUCCCCUGAUGACCCCACAGACACAAACGGCUCAGACAACUCCAUUCCCAUGGCCUACCUGACCCUGGAUCACCAGCUGCAGCCUCUCGCUCCCUGUCCAAACUCCAAAGAGUCCAUGGCGGUGUUCGAGCAGCACUGUAAGAUGGCCCAGGAAUACCUGAAAGUGCAAACAGAGAUCGCCCUGCUCAUCCAGAGGAAGAAGGAGCUGAUCGCCGAGCUGGACCAGGACGAGAAGGACCAGCAGAACACGUCCCGUCUGGUUCAGGAGCACAAGAAGCUGAUGGAGGAGAACAAGAGUCUGUCCACGUACUACCAGAAGUGCAAAAAACAGCUGGAGCUGAUCCGGGUGCAGCAACAGAAGAGACAGGGCACGUCCUGAUGAGACAGAGACAUGAGAACUGCUACCAUCAUCCCCCCUCUGCCCUCCCCCUCCUCCUCACUGUAACACUACCCCCCCCCCCCCCCCCCCCCCCCCCACUCACACACACACACACACUGACCCAGCUUUGUAAAGAGACCUGCACUCUACUGUGUCCUGCAUGUCCCACUGUAGACCCUCACGUCUGUCCGGCAGGAAGAUGAUGUCCUCUGAACAUUUGCACAUCGUCACAGAUUUCCUGUGACCGCAGACCAAACAAUCACAGCACCCCCUCCUGGUGACCCCUGACUCCUGACCCUGCUGCUGUGCCCCGGGACGGACCCUUGGACGAUACGAGUGCGUGUUUUCUUCAGCCACAGACGAAUCGUCCUUCAGAAUGUGAAAAAGGCGUCUCAGCGAAAAGUGUGAACCGUGUGCGGGCUGUCUGAGAGCAGCGAGGAUGUUUGAAACCCGAUCUGUGUGAGCGUGGAAUCCCCGAUAUGCAAAACACACACACCCCUUAAAUCAACGUAUUUAUCUCUGACUUUGUUCUUUUCCAAUCGUGAGCAUGAGACACGUUUCCUUCAGGUGUUUGAUUCAUUCAGUUCAGGCAGGGAUGGACUUCACGUCUCAGUGAGAGGAACAACUCGGGGUUCGAGUUAACAAGGACGAAGAGUUAAGAAGGGACUCCUGGAGUUUAAAACCUGCAGCAUUCCUCUUACAUUGUUUGUGUUUCAUCCACUAAUCAGUACAAAAACAGGCGUGAAGUCGCUCUGGUGGAUCUCUUCAGCCAGCAGCGGUGAAACAGGCUGUGAUGUGACCCUCAGAGGUAAAACUACAACCACUAAAAGUUCACAUUGAUGCUUUAAGUGUCUGAAAAGUUUACAGGAAGGAUCCAGAGAGAUAGAUGUUUAUGUUACAGAGGAGGAGGAUUCUUUUGAACCUGAUCUACUGCUGCCUCUUUGGAUGAGUCUGUGUUGUUGAAUGACUUUUAAAAGGUUUUAUCUGUGAAACAUAACAACACAAACUCAUCGGGCAGAUCUCUAACUCCCUUAUUCUUAUGAGUUCAGAAACGCAGGGAUGUGAUUGUUUUGGAUUUAUUUAACUCGCAGUCGAAACAUGAAAAAACAGUUCUCAAUCGAGCACCGGCUCCGAACCGGGCCCUGAAACUGCCUCUGUGGAAAAGGGGUAUAUUUGAGACCUGCUACUAAAAGAGACCCUGCCUUUAAAUGGGGCAGGCUUUUAUUAGAGGUUUGUGUUGUGCUGCCAUUUUGAUAGGCAUGUUUUAAUUACAAAGUUACAGUUACCUUCUAUAAAUCAUGAUAUUUAUUCUGCAUUUAUUAAUCAGAGUGCAUACAGUUAGCAGCAGAUCAGCUUUCUUUUGUCUCUUUGCAGACUGGACGCUGGAGACUGAGUGAAUGACUUUAGAUGUCGAAAUAAAGAAGUUGAUCUAAAAGACAGGAAAGACAGACAGAGGACUAACGAGUAAAUAAACAUCAUCAAAUGAUGUAAUUCAAUUGCUGCUUAAUAUUCAACAAAAUCCAGGAGGAGAAGUUUCCUUCCACCUCGUGUUGAUUGGUUGUCGUUAUUUAUAGGCAUGUACCAGUCAAAUGAAGUUUAGGAUGUGGGUGUGGUUACAUUUGAAUUUAACUUGAAGGUGUCACUUCCUGCUCUGUGCUCCAAUCACAUCCCUGAUACUGAGUCACUGUUUCAUCAGUGGCUGAGGUUUUAAAGAAAACAUCCUCCUCUUUAACAAACAGGUGUUUAUCUGUAGUGAUCCCUCCUGGAGAGAUGAAGAAGAGGACUUUUUAAAAACCAAAAACAGUCGUUACAUCCUUCUCUUCCUAACCAGAAGACCCUGGUGACAAAAAGGGAUUUAACAGGCAAAGGGAGAGAGUUGUUGGUCCCCUGCUGCCUCGGUCAGCAACGUGAAGACAGAGUGUUGUUGAAAUCCUCAUCCUUACAAAGAAAGAUCUGCUGUUACUUUAAGAGAGAGAGAGCCCUCAUUUUUUGAAAGCAGGAACAGCAAAGAGACCAAACUCCAAUUAAGAAAACUGUAGUCACCUCUCAGGUGCAGGAGUUGCUGGUCUGCUGCUACCUCCAUCACUCCUCUUUGCUUAUGAUUUGUGUUACUGUAAUGUUUUGGUUUUAAGUCAGAGUCCAAGGCAACGGUUGGGUGACUCGAAAGAAAUUCAAACUAACCAUCUGAGGCAGAGGUAGACCAGCAGCUCCCUUGUGUUACACUGUUAAAUUGCUGUUUGUGUUAAUGGAGUCUGGUGGCUUUGAGUAGAGUGAUGUAUCAGCUGUUAAAAAAGCAUCUUCCUCUUUAUCAGGAGAGUGUCAGGGGCAACAAUAAGAACAAGAUUGUAAGAUUUCAGUGUUUCGAGGAGCAUCUGCCUAAAUCUUCACAUUAGUCCAUCACAGCCUGCUGGUUGGAACGAGUUCAAACCUUUUUGUACCUUUUAGUUUUUCUGACCCCCAAACUGUAAAAAGAAAAGGACGCAGGUUUAAAACUGAAGGAAUAGCCCUUUAAUAAUCUGCUUCUCUCUCUCUCUCUGAAAACAAAAGAACCUGCUCUGUUAGGGAGCGUUUGCAGGAGGGCGUGGAUUCCCUUUUCUUUUGACUCCAGUAUUGUUUUUGUGUGUCGAUGUUUUCUGUCUUUUCUAUUCAGUAGUUCUCUCUGUAUGAUAGCUCUGGUGUCAUUUCUGCAUUAGGACAUAUUUAAUCUGGUGUGGGUCUGCCCUCACGGACAACGCGGAGGAGCCUGUAGCUCCCUCUUCAGUAUCUAGUUUGUUUUUAGUUCACAUGUUGCCUUAGAAGUUGCCUGCAUUUUAAGUGCUUGUUUUAUGUGACGUUUAUCGGGGGUAAAACUCAAAACAAACAAAAGAAGAUAUUUUUAAUGUAAUGAACGCUGAAUGAAAUUCUUUCCUGAGGGGAGCGGGAAGGAUGUAUGCUGAAAAUGUAAAUGUGUCCCACCAGCUCUGCAUCCAAAAUGUACUCUGAAAGAAGGAUUGGAUGUUAUAUUUUGUUUCUUUCUCGGACUCAUAUCCCUCGAGUAUUUUUGCACAAUCACUUUGGUUCUGUCUGGUCGUGUUUCAGAUUUUAUUUUUCAUUUUAGAAACUCUGUUUUUAAAAGCCAGAGACUUGACGAGUCUGACUUUUAAAUGUGUUACUGUACGGGAGUGAACCUUCACGGGUUCUCCUCAUGAGUUUCUGUUCACUAAGAGUCCACACACACUCACACACACUGUUGUUUUAGUGUUUCUCAGUGAAUGGGAGCCCAGGUACAGAACAUGAAAGUGAGCAAGGCAUUAUGAAAUAAACUGAAUGGUGAAAAGAG